AUGGCAUCAUCACAAUCCGAAGAUAGAGAGAUAGAUAUAACAACUUCAAUCGAACCCGGUUCAGACAUCACCUGGGUAAGAACCGGUUCAGAGCAAGAACUGGAUCUCCCUUCAAGCCCCAGUAGUAGCGGUUACGCCGGAGAAGGUGGCGGUAGCACUAGCGCCACCACCGGCUCCUUAAUCGAAAUUGAACACGAAGAAGAAAUUGAACAAGAACAAAUGAGGAUUCAAAAUCAAAUCGAUGAAAUCUCAAUCUCCGAUUCUAAUUCCUCUUGGAUUCCCGGAAAACGACACCAGGAUGAGGAUGAUGGUUCUAUAUCAUGGAGAAAAAGGAAGAAGCAUUUUUUUAUUCUCAGUAAUUCUGGAAAACCUAUAUAUUCUAGGUACGGUGAUGAACACAAGCUUGCAGGGUUUUCAGCAACUUUGCAAGCAAUCGUUUCCUUUGUUGAAAACGGGGGUGAUUCUGUCAAAUUGGUGAGAGCUGGAAAGCAUCAGGUGGUUUUUCUUGUGAAAGGACCAAUUUACUUGGUCUGCAUUAGCUCCACGGAAGAACCUUACGAGUCGUUAAGAGGGCAGUUGGAAUUAAUUUAUGGCCAGAUGCUUGUUAUAUUAACAAAAUCGAUAAACAAAUGUUUUGAGAGGAAUUCGAAGUUCGAUAUGACGCCCUUACUUGGUGGAACAGACACUGUCUUCUCUUCACUAAUCCACUCUUUCAGUUGGAACCCGGCUACAUUUCUUCAUGCCUAUACAUGCCUUCCCCUUUCUUAUGCAACAAGGCAAGCUGCCGGUGCUGUCUUGCAAGACACUGCUGAUUCUGGUGUUUUGUUUGCAACACUGAUGUGCAGGCACAAGGUGAUCAGUCUUGUUGGUGCUCAGAAAGCUUCCCUUCAUCCAGAUGAUAUGCUGCUGCUGGCCAACUUUGUUAUGUCAUCAGAAUCUUUCAGGACGUCAGAAUCAUUUUCUCCAGUUUGCUUGCCAAGAUAUAAUCCUUCAGCUUUUCUGUAUGCUUAUAUCCAUUAUUUUGAUGAUGACACAUACUUGAUGUUGCUAACCACUAAUUCAGAUGCAUUUUAUCAUCUUAAAGAUUGCCGGCUUCGUAUUGAAAUGGUCCUUUUGAAGUCAAAUGUUCUUAGUGAAGUUCAGAGAUCUUUGCUAGAUGGAGGAAUGCAUGUUGAGGAUCUACCACCAAUACCUCAAUCUGGAACUUCUCAUUUGGGCCAGCACACACUUCCAUCAGAUUCUCCUGAAAGAUUUAAGGAAGUUAAUCAUGUCAUUGGGGGUCCUGCUGGCUUGUGGCAUUUCAUAUACCGCAGUAUAUACCUGGAUCAAUACGUGUCUUCAGAAUUUUCAUCAUCAAUUAGUACUCGUCAACAGCAGAAAAGAUUGUGUAGAGCUUACCAGAAACUUUUUACAUCAAUGCAUGAUAAAGGAAUCGGACCGCACAAAACUCAAUUUAGAAGAGAUGAAAACUAUGUUCUUUUAUGUUGGGUGACACAGGAUUUUGAGCUUUAUGCAGCCUUUGAUCCCCUUGCAGACAAGGCCUUGGCAAUAAAGACAUGCAACCGUGUUUGUCAAUGGAUAAAAGAUGUGGAAAAUGAAAUAUUUUUGCUAGGAGCUAGUCCCUUUUCAUGGUGA